AUGUUAAAUACAAGCUCAAUGAAUUUAGGAGACACAAGCAAAGUAUACAAGCAAAGCAAUCAACUUGGAAUUUUGUCUACAGCCAUAAGCAAAAUAGGAAAUUCAGAUCACUCAUUUCAAAAGGGAGUUAAGGCAGCGAAUACUACAAAUGUAUCUCCUGUAAGGAUGCGAUUGUUUAGAGAAUCCCCAGAAAGAAAAUAAAGAGGCCUAGAUGGAUUGGUUGUCGGAGAGUUUCAUCCUCGUAAAUAAACUUAAGUGGUGUAUAGUAGCAUUCAUUAGAGUUCAUCUCCAAUGAUUCAUAAACCUCAAUAGAAGCAAUCAUUUUAAGAUUCACCUACAAGAGCUAAAUAGAAGAUAGAUAGAUUUAAGAACUGGGACUCCAAACUGGACAUUGAAUUAUAAUUACAAAACACUGGAAUUACUAGAAUGGGAAAUGAUAUAGUCUAUCAAUCUGGUCCAUAACUUAAUUAUACUAAAUCAAUAUAAUUAAAUGAGAGAUUAAAUCGAAACAACCCUUCAAUUACACAAUCAGAUAUUGUAUAGCUAACAGCUAAACUAAAUGCAAUUCCAAGGACAGAAUUAACUAACUUUACAAGAGGUCACGCUCAUGAAUUAUCCACACUUUAAUAAUCAUUGCAAAGGAUAUUGAAAUCAAGCAAAGGCUAUUGA